CCUUCCCCGCACUCGCUCCCCCGACCGGCAGCUCCGCGUUCUCCGCGCCCGGCGCCGGCUCCUCCUCUCCGCGCCUCCAGCAAGAUGACAGCCGGGCGGCGGCGGUGGUGGCGGAGGCGGCGCGGAGGCUCCUCGCACCGGCUGGUGGCUGACCUGCCUCCCUCGUUUUUAACGCUGAAGCUAGAUUGUUUUAUCUAAAGAUGGAAACACUGGAGUCGGAACUGACUUGCCCAAUUUGCCUGGAGUUAUUUGAAGACCCGUUGCUUCUCCCGUGCGCCCACAGCUUGUGCUUCAGCUGCGCCCACCGCAUCCUCGUCUCCAGCUGCGCCUCUGGCGAGCCCCUUGAACCUAUCACUGCCUUUCAGUGCCCCACUUGCCGCUAUGUCAUCUCCCUCAACCAUCGGGGCCUGGAGGGCCUCAAGCGCAAUGUGACCUUGCAGAACAUCAUUGACCGCUUUCAGAAGGCCUCGCUUAGCGGCCCCAACUCCCCCAGUGAGAACUGCCGCGAGCGGCCAUACCGCCGGAGCCCGACCAUGUCUGCUGGCGACAGGAUAGCCUGCCAGUUCUGCGAGCAGGACCCUCCCCGCGACGCCGUCAAGACCUGCAUCACUUGCGAGGUGUCUUACUGCGAUCGCUGCCUGCGGGCCACGCACCCGAACAAGAAGCCGUUCACCAGCCACCGGCUGGUAGAACCCGUGCCAGAUGCACACUUUCGUGGUCUCACGUGUCUGGAGCAUGAGAAUGAGAAAGUGAACAUGUACUGUGUGGCUGAUGACCAGCUCAUUUGUGCCUUAUGCAAACUGGUGGGGCGGCAUCGAGAUCACCAGGUGGCGUCCCUCAGUGACCGGUUCGAGAAGCUCAAGCAAACACUGGAGAUGAACCUCACCAACCUGGUUAAGCGCAAUAGUGAACUAGAAAACCAGAUGGCUAAACUGAUACAGAUCUGCCAGCAAGUGGAGGUGAACACAGCCAUGCACGAGGCCAAGCUAAUGGAGGAGUGUGACGAGUUGAUGGAGAUAAUCCGACAGCGCAAGCAAGUGAUUGCUGUGAAGAUCAAAGAGACAAAGGUGAUGAAGCUGAGGAAACUGGCCCAGCAGGUAGCCAACUGCCGACAGUGCCUGGAGCGCUCCACCGUCCUCAUCAACCAAGCGGAGCACAUUCUGAAGGAGAACGACCACGCUCGGUUCCUCCAGACAGCAAAGAACGUGGCGGAGAGGGUCGCCAUGGCAACUGCAUCCUCUCAAGUUUUGAUACCAGAUAUCAAUUUUAACGAUGCCUUUGAAAACUUUGCUUUAGAUUUUUCCAGAGAGAAGAAGCUGUUGGAGGGGUUGGAUUAUCUAACAGCACCUAACCCACCAUCGGUCCGUGAAGAACUUUGCACUGCCUCGCACGACACUAUCACUGUCCACUGGAUCUCAGAUGACGAAUUCAGUGUCAGCUCCUACGAGCUCCAGUACACCAUCUUCACGGGCCAAGCCAACUUCAUCAGCCUCUACAACUCCAUGGACAGCUGGAUGAUCGUCCCCAACAUCAAGCAGAACCACUACACGGUGCAUGGGCUGCAGAGUGGCACGCGAUACAUCUUUCUCGUCAAGGCAAUAAACCAGGCCGGCAGCCGGAACAGUGAACCUGCCAGGCUCAAGACAAACAGCCAGCCUUUCAAACUGGACCCCAAAAUGGCCCACAAGAAGCUGAAGAUCUCCAAUGACGGGCUGCAGAUGGAGAAAGACGAGAGCUCCCUGAAGAAGAGCCACACCCCCGAGCGGUUCAGUGGGACGGGGUGUUACGGUGCAGCAGGCAACGUCUUCAUCGACAGUGGCUGCCAUUAUUGGGAGGUGACAGUGGGCUCCUCCACUUGGUACGCCAUUGGCAUUGCCUACAAAUCAGCCCCAAAGAACGAGUGGAUUGGCAAGAAUUCCUCCUCCUGGGUCUUCUCCCGCUGUAACAACAACUUUGUGGUGCGUCACAACAACAAGGAGAUGCUGGUGGACGUUCACCCCCAGAUGAAGCGCCUGGGCAUCCUCCUGGACUACGACAACAACAUACUGUCUUUCUACGACCCGGCCAACUCCCUGCACCUCCAUACAUUUGAGAUUUCCUUUAUUCUACCCGUCUGCCCCACCUUCACAAUUUGGAACAAAUCCUUAGUGGUUGCCUCGGGACUGCCUGCCCCAGACUUCAUAGAUUACCCCGAGCAGCAGGAGUGCAACUGUCGCCCUCACGAGUCCCCGUAUGUAUCAGGGAUGAAAGCCUGUCAUUGAGGCACCAGGAGCCCGCCCCCCGUCCCUUCUAGCCAAGCCUCAGGAACUUCUGUGCAAUUUGACUGGAAGGCGGGC